ACUGUAGAAACUGCUCCUGCUCCUCUGCUGCGCACAGAUGUUUGUUUUGAUUGUUUAAUCUCUUAUUUUUGAAUAAUAUAUUUGUGCUAAAAUAUUAUUUCGUUCCAUUUUCUAAUGUUGGGACGCCAAACUACGUGCACAAAGGCGAUGGUUGAUUUUAUACGCUCAACUGGCUAAAAAUAGCUAGCUAACAGCUAAACUAAGCUCGUGCUCAAAGGGUUUAUAGUUUAUAGUUUUGAUAAGAAGAAAAGACAAGACGACACGGUAGAGAGACUAACGUGUCCACGUACAUGUUUUUAGCCAUGCAGGACGCUAGAUUGGUCUUUAUUUUGUCCUUGUUGUAGAAUGUGAAGCUGCAGGAGGAUGGACAGGGAGCUGUUGAAGCAGUGUGUGACUUUUCACGGAGCCUCGCUGUUUAAAAAGCUCCAGUGUGAACAGACUGAAAACCCGGACUUCCAGGCGGCGGCAGCGGACCUGAGCAAGGCCACGCAGGAAGGAAAGGCUGAGAAGAACAGCACCAGUAGCCUCGUGGAGCAGUUUAUCGCCAGGAAAGCUGAUCUCCUUUUCUGUCCUUCAUGGAGGAUCAGUAAACCCCAGAGACCGGAAUAUGAAGAGGAAGAAGCUACAGAGCCUUAUGCCAUAAUGCCACCGCUGGAGUUAUUCAUGGAGGUGCCGUACGAUGAGAGGAGAGCCAUGUUGUACAGAGACCUGGAGAGGGGGGACAUCGUGGUGGGAAGAAUUAACAACAUCAGAGAAUACGGCUUCUUUCUCACUCUGCUCUGCACUGCCGGAGGCCUGAAGAGAGACAUAGAAGAUUUGGACCUUUCGGCUCUUUGUCAUAUAAGAGAAAUCCCCACGACUGGCAGCCAUGAUGAUCCUCUGUCAUAUUAUCAGAUUGGAGACUUCAUAAGAGCUGGAGUGAAAGACAUCGAUCGAUAUCAGGAGAAAAUCACAGUAUCUCUCCACCAGGCGGCGCUCUCUCCAGGUCUGGAGCACAUCAAACUGGGCGUGGUUACCCGCGAGGAGCUGCCUGUACACUAUAGCCGAAGUUUACGCGCCGCCAACGACUCGACCGAGACGUACGAGCGCAUUAUGAGCGGUUGUCAUGGUUACCAGAACCCGUGCGUGGUGGACUACCUGUUGGAGAGAGCAGGAGUCAGCGACACUCAGCCUCCUUCACUCAUGAGGGGACUGCAGAGUAAACUUUUCCAAGAGGACGACUUUGCCACUUCAAUUCGGAAAAAGCAGUCUGCAUCUUGGGCCUUAAAAUGCGUUCGUGCGGGCGUGGACCACUUUAAGAACGGGCGCCAUGUUGAGGCCAUGAAUGAAUACAACAAAGCCUUAGACAUUGACACUAAUAAUGUAGAAGCUCUGGUCGCACGAGGAGCGCUGUACGCCAACAAAGGCAGCAUUCUGAAAGCGAUCAGUGAUUUUGAACUGGCCCUGGAGAACUGCCCCGAUCACAGAAACGCCAAGAAGUAUCUGAGCCAGACUCUAGUGGAGAGAGGACGACAGCUGGAGGAGCAGGAGAAACUGGUCACUGCGGAGGGUCUGUACAGAAGAGCUCUGUCUUUAGAUGAGACGAACACCGAGGCCCAGGACGCUCUCAACAAAAUCACUGAAACUAUACAGAAAUCCAUCCGUUUGAGAGAAGAAGCGAUGGCGAAGGAGAAGGAGCAGGUUCAAACUAAGAACAGUCAGACGAGCGCUGACAAGUUACGUAAGAUCUUAAAAGACGAGAAGAGGAUGAAGAAAAAACGCAAGCGCUCCACAUCCUCCUCCUCCACGUCCUCCUCCUCCAGUAACUCCUCCUCUUCCUCGUCUUCCUCUAGCUCCCGUCGCAAAUCCCGAAAAAAGAAAAAAAAGAAAAAACACAGGUCUAGCAAACGCCAUCGCCGAAUAUCUUCCAAGGAGAGCCGGAAAAGCGAUCAGGGAAAACGAAGCAAGCAGGAUGAGGAGGAGGAAGAGUGGUAUCCGGCUCCUCCGAUAACGUCAGCUACGUUUCUUAACCAAAAAGGUGGACCGGGGUUUGCGGUUAAGGAUGUGUUCACGAAAGCCAAGUUUAGUCAGGACAGGAGGGUUUCGAUAUCGGAUGAAGAGCGAAAACAAGAUGGCGGCAGUCCCGGCUACAAGGAUAAUAACAACAGAAGAAGUAGCGACGCUAAACGGAGGGAUAGCGCGGAAGCUAGACGCCGCAUCUCGACCUCUUCAGUGGAUUCGGAGCAUUCGCGGAGGUCCAGUUUUCCCUCAGAGUAUCCGAAAUACGCCAGGAGUGAUUCUUCGAGGAGGAGUUCUUUGGAAAUUGGUAGGUAUGAAAGAGGGAACGGAGAGAAGGCAAGUAGUAGUAGUAGUAGUAGUAACGUAAAAACUGAGGAUAGUACGAGACAAGACAAAGCCAAGAAGGAUCUCCCUGCGAACCUUUUGGAUAUUUUCAGUCAGAUCGAACAGUUUGAGAAAGAGAAGGGAGUGAAGCCAAAAACAUAAAGCUUUUCACCAUGACAACAAUGUGCUAUAGAGGGAAUUAAGCUUAAAGAUGCACUACGUAACUCAUCUGGUGGACGGUUUGCCUCCUCGCUUGUCUCCAUGGAGAUUUUACUGCUUCGUCUGGAAUGUUCUGCAGUAUUUAUGGGUUUCAGCUUCCUGCCCACGACAUUUUAAGGACUUUUCGCCAUCCAAAAGAUAUGGUAUUUUGUUUUAAUUUGAUCAUCGCUAUAGCAACCGUACACAUUUAUUUUGCAUUCUGAAACCGUUAAUCGUACCUAUCUUUCACGGACCCAAGCAGAUGGCGUUAUCAAGCAAAAACGCAGGUUA